AUGUAUUCGGCUGUUCUGGUGUUGCUGUUGUUGCGACUGGCCUCAAGCCAAGUUUGUGAUACGGAGACGAAGCCGAAGUCAUCGGAUAUCGUGACGACCAAAAUCGUCGAGGACUCCUCCUCAGUCUUCUAUAACUUCGACACGAACAGCACCGAUGGAGAAGCCGGAGUUGGCUCCAUCUUCUACCAGCCCAGCACAAAUCUGCCCCCUCUCGGCUACAAUGAGACCGACUACACCCUCACGUGCGCCCAGAAUGAGGGAAACUGCGGUGCGGAUAUGCCCAUCUACCGUAUGUUCAAGCUGACGGCGAAUGGAGUCGAGCACGCAUACUCUUUCCAAAACACCGCCAUCGACGGCUACGCAAUUGAACUGACGCCGCUGUGUUGGGGCUGGAACAGGAAUGAUACGUUAGCCACAAUUGUCAAGCGACAAGCCGACAUGGACCAGGCCCCCGAUGAGGAUAGCUGCGUUGACGACGGCAAUCUGGACCUGACGACGUUGUCCGAAUACGUCAACACGGCUACGGGACCCACGCUAAACCACAUCACAUCGACAGUAGAACCGGGAUCGACGACGGACGGGAACGGCUAUACGAAAGUGCAAGACCUCGGCUACGUCUCGAAAAAUCAGGCGGCUUGUGGCGGUUGCCUGACGCCGCUAGUGCAGAAAAAGAUGGUGCAAACAGGACUGGCUGGUAUCCCUGGCUUCGACAAAUAUAUUAUCGACUACAAACUAUCGGCGCCAGAUGAAGCCGACCGCUUCCUCGAAUCAUACACGGAUACCGGCGAGACCAUCUAUUGCGCAACGCAAAAAGGUCAAUGCGGAGCCGAUACACCCAUCUGGAAAGUGUUCGAUUUUGUUAAUAUCGACUCGAGAAUCAUCACCAACGACACGAUUUUGCCGCUAUUCACCUAUAAAUACCCCUUCGAUCCGCUGUGCUACAUCUGGAGCAAGGAUUUGACGACGUUAGCGGCAGGCACGACCACCACGACCGUCGCCAAUUCUGCGACUUCCGAUGCUACUGACGCUACAGAAGCUGGUGAUGUUGAAAAUAGUGGUUCUGGAGAUUCAUCUGGAGAUGUUGCCGCUUCCGGAGCGGAGGAAAUGACGGAUGAGAGUGUAGUUGUUUCAGAUGCUGAGAAUUCUGGAUCCGGUUCCGGCACCGAAGAAGAAUCCGGAUCCGGCGAUGGGGAAACGUCUGGAUCCGGUGAUGAGGUCGAUACAUCUGGGUCUGGAUCGGCUUCUGGCGACACCGAAGAAUCGGUCACCCAAGAAAAAGAAGAGACCAGCUCGCCAGAAAUUACAACC